AUCGAUCUCCCUUCUGAAUACCUAAAUUUAGCUUUGGCCUUCACUUUCAUAUUCUAUUUAAGGAACUGCAUAGUCACAAACUUUUGUACUGAACCCUAAAAUUUAUUCCCAAGUUUUCACUUCUCACUAGGCACCUACCUCUCCACGUACGUUUUCCAUAUAUAUUCACGUUCUUCAUAUGAGAGCAAGGAGAUCACCAAUGGCUGCUAUCACCUUAGACACAACUUUCAAGCCAACAACCAACGAAGUACUCGACUCCCCUCAUGACCAACAAUACGAGACUGUGAUCGAGGAAAUUGAAGGGCUUAUAAAAGUGUACAAGGAUGGACACGUGGAGAGACCUCAGAUCGUGCCAUGUGUCACAGGCGCAGUAGCUCCGGAGCUAGGCGUGACAUCGAAGGACGUGGUCAUCGACAAGUUCACAAACAUCUGGUCACGUUUCUACGUGCCCAAAUGCCAAGAAAAUAACAAGAUGAAGCUCCCUUUGCUAGUAUACUUUCAUGGAGGUGGGUUUUGUGUUGGCUCAGCCGCUUGGAGUUGUUACCAUGAUUUUUUAGCAAAGCUAGCCUCCAAACUCGGUUGCUUAAUCAUGUCGGUAAAUUACCGAUUGGUCCCUGAACACCCUCUCCCAGCUGCAUAUGAAGAUGGAUUCAACUCCAUCAUGUGGCUGAAACAACAAGCUCUAAUUCAACGUGGAGCUAAUAAUAAUAAUAAUACAUGGUGGUCAACGCAAUGUGACUUUUCCAGAAUCUUCCUGGUGGGUGAUAGUGCGGGUGCCAAUAUAGCCCAUAAUGUGGCCACAAGACUUUACACGGGAGGAGGUUCGGUGUUAGAAUCACCUUCUACUGAUCAGUAUCGCUUGCAUCAGUCAAAUUCUGACCGUCCAUGUGACGAAGAGAUUAUAAGCUCAACUAAGCCUUUGAUUGUCAAAGGUACAAUUUUGCUGCAACCCUUUUUUGGGGGAGAGGCUAGGACAAGUUCUGAGAAGUACAAUAAGCAGCCUCGGUCUGUGCUGAGCGUGGCAGCCUCUGAUGCUUAUUGGCGAUUGGCGCUGCCACAUGGCGCUAAUCGUGACCAUCCAUUCUGCAAUCCUAUGAAGAGUAGUAGUGGUGGUGGUGGUACUCUAAAGGCUGGUUGGCCAACUAUGGUUUGCAUUUCAGAGAUGGAUAUACUGAAAGAUAGGAACUUGGAGUUUUGUGAAGCAUUGAGAAAAAGAGGAGAUGGUAAGAUGAAGGUGGAAUACGUGGUGUAUAAAGGCGUUGGGCAUGCAUUUCAGGUGCUGGAUAAGUCUGAGCUCUCGAAAACUCGAUCGCAUGAGAUGAUAAAUCAUAUUAAGGCCUUUGUUAAUUGUAAUUGAUUAGUUCCCUUGUGAGCUGUGACUAUAUAUGAUUAGCAAACCCUAGCUUGUAUAGCCAUGUAAAAUGCAUAUAUUUAUAAUCAAAAGAAUAUUAGUUGUGUAUGUAUAAAAGUUGAAAAAUGAAAAUUAAAUCAGGUAUGUUUCAUGAUCUUUUCUUUCUUCUGGCUCUUGUCCAUGUCAUGAUGUCACUGUGUGUAUGAGAGAGAUGUAAACUAUGAAGUAAGAUUUAUUUUAGGGUAAAGUUAGGAACACUUAAUUUAUGAAGUAAUUUUUUGUUGACGUGACGUUAUUUCACUCAAAUUAUAACACGUGAUUUUGUUUAAUAUAGCCUGAAAAUGGGACAUAUCCACAUCGUUCAUUUUUUUAUAACACGUGAAAUGAUGCAUAACUUGUCUUAUGUUCUAGGUACUUAUAGAAGUUUGUCCAUCGCCAAAUUUGAAUCCCAAUGGAAAAUGGAAUCAUCGACUUUCAUUAGGCCUUUUAGCACCCAAAAAAAAAACAUGAAACUUUUCAGGAAAAUGGAAAGAAAAAAUAAAAAACAACCCGGAAACUUAUCAUUCUAUCAAACCACAACAACCGUAAAACUGAUUAUUCAAUAUUCAUAAAAAGGUACCCGUAAUAUAAUCACUCAACCAUAUGAUGAUUAAAUCUGUUUCCUCUUU